AAACGUCAACACCGAACCAGUUCGUCUUUGACAAACUCCGGUCCGCAUUAUUCCGAGUUGGAGGAUGAAAGAUAAUUCCUUGACAUCCUAACACCGGAAGAUUGUGGUAGUUUGAAUUUGAUCUUAGAGAAAAGUUCCAAGCAUCUGAAAAAACGAAGACCUUUUCAUCAAUUGACGAAAACUUCAUAUUUCGAAAGUGCUGUCGUGUUAUUGCAUCAUAUAGAUAGCUAACAGAAAGUAAACAAGAUAGUCACGUGAUAGGCUAUUCCGCAAGGAGUGCUAAAGAACCACGAAGACAUCCGUUGAACUUUGACUGGAAUGUUCUGCAUUGACACUGUAACUUUAACUAUAACCAAACAAACCGAAGUUUUCCACUCUUGUAUAUUUACUGACAAACUUUUCUACAAGCGAUGAGCUUAAAGAGCGUACGAAAAGCCGUGCGCAGCUUUCUUGGCGUGAAAAAGAAGCCGACUGAAGCAAAGACGUCAAACACUCUCCCAGUAUCCUCUACUUCCAACCUCCGUGAGAACAGGAGACGAUUCGGGAGUGAGAGCUUUCUUGCUGAGCCACAGCAACGGGGCAGUCAGAGGUCACUUCCUCGCAGAUCCCACUCCAGUGUGGAGGGUUUCAGACCGUCUACGUUGCCACGGGCAACGAGGGAGAGGAUUGAAGAAUGGAACAGGAAUGCGUGUCCUGAAAACGCAAGCAGCCGGGAAGGCUCCAUAGGACGAAGGACAGUUUCUGGAUCUUCAAGAAGAUCAGGAUCAAUGCUCCGAUCUUCGCAAUCAAUGAGCGCAUUUGAUUCCCGGUACAGAUCCGGAAGAGUAGAUGCGGAUCAGUGGCAGGAUGAACUUCCAGUAAAUCCGAGGGAUUCAAAACGGAACUCUGGUUCGUUUUUGUACAUAAAUGAGGGAAUCACGGACAGUGGUAGUAUUGACCAAGUUUCUUCGACUCGUAGUCUUCCUUCCCCAGCGCCCUUAAACCGGGAAGUGUUGAGGCGUGAUGCAAGGUCUCUUCCAAUGAGAGGUUCUUCUUUCUCAACCUCCAGACCGAACGAUCCCAGGAGUCGUACCAUCAGUCACACGUCCAUGGCAAGCGAACGGCUCGUAAGCUGCAUGGAGAAGCUUGAGAAAAUGAGCCGGCAGCUGAACGAGGCCACCAAAACAUCAAAAAGUAUAGAACAAUUCCGACAAGUCUCGGAGACGCUCGGACCAGCAGUAUUACCCCGAUCCCACUCUCAGGAAUGUUUACCAUCCACCGAAUCAAAGAAGCCGCAACCAAAGCGAGAAACUCUUCCCCCGUCAUUCCCAUCUGUGAUAACCCGAGGAGAAGUUCCCGAAACGGAGACUUUGGGUUCAAGCAACAAAAUCAACCCCCCUUCCCGCCCAAGGGGUUCGAACACUUUACCUUCAAGAAGGCCCCCUGUUGACUGGAACUUUGAUGCCAGAAAUCCGCGCUUAGUGGACAAACAUCAGCAGCAUUUGCGCUCAGACAGUUUGAGCAGCGGUUACUCCAGCGCCAGCGGGGGAAGCCCGAGUUCUAGGAAUCGGCCGAGCCGUGACGAGGACGAAAGGUCAAUGAUGUCGGUUGAAGGGUCGUUCUCAAGUCAAGGUUACCCUCGGCAGACGUUAAUGUACCCAUCAGAACCUCAUUACCAGGAUGAAGGGGUCUAUGGAUACGGUUCGUACGGUUAUCCAUCUUCCAGCAUAUAUGAAGACGAGAUGCAGCAACAAAAUGGAUGGUUCUAUCUUCCCGCCCAUCAGCAGGCCAAAGCAUAUCCGUAUUAUCCAACAGGCGAAAUGAAUCAUUUCCAAAACUUUCACCAAAGCCAGCAAUACCCUCAAAUAACAGCUUAUCCAAUGCAAUAUCCUAUUCAAUACCCAGCAAUGGAUCUGUCAAGGCUUGCGCCCCAACCUUACCCACUGCAACAUUACCCAGCAGUCGACUACAAUGGGCAAUGGGGGUCUCAUAAAUACGGUGGACUCAGUGAUAGUUUUCUGGACCCGGCUGCUCCCGAGUCUCCGUUAGCUGCUGCGAUAUCAAGCACUCGCGUUCCGUCUCAAGACUUCUCCUACGAAGGGUCGGACAGCGCAAAGUCAGACUGGAAGAAAUACGGAUCGUUUCGGUAUCGUAACGGCGAAAAAACCGUCCUGCCAAGCGACUCACGUCGAAGGAAAACCGUUCGAUUCUCGCAGACUGUUAAACAGAGAAUCGAGACGGAUGCAAGUGAGAUGAAAGACUCGACCUCAAUGAUGAAGGGAUCGCACGAAGAAGAGGAAGAAGAACAAUACGAUGCUCCCACAGCUUGGAAGACUGCUGUUUCUGAUAGUGCAGUAGCAGAAUGCAGCAGAAACUCUCUUGCAGAACCGAUAUAUGAAUUCCCAUCAGGUCAUAUAGAAAACUCGUGUAUGUGUUCUGAUUGUAUAUUAGCCAGGCAAAGUUGCCAGUUGCAGGCUACGACGUCGUACGCCUAUUAUUGAUUCGUAAAAUCUUGGUGCGUUUGUGAGGUGUGCCGUACAGCUGAUGCAUUAAAAGUCAAUAGCGCAUUUAGUAGACUUUUGCUUAAGGCAAAGCGUUCAAAUCCAAUUCCGCAUAUCGUUUGUGGUAUUGUGUAUUCCCUAAACACAAAAUAGCAUCAACGCCCUUGAGCGAUAUCCAAAUUCUAGCACACAUACGUUUCAUUGUAAUCGUCUAUACUGCUGUAUUUGUUAUUCAAAACUGUCGUUAUUUAAUUUUGUCGCUUCGUAUUAUUUAAUCCUUGUUUCAUGCGCAAUUUUCAUAGCACUUGCUAAAAGAGAUUAUAUAUCUUUCUAUAUCACCGUGCAAUGUGUUGUCGUUUGUUGUUGACUCUAAAAUCCAAAAACGUGAAGUGGUUUCUUCCGUAAUUGAACUAUAUCGCCCACGUUGUAAUAACCCUUACUAACCCAUCUGAUUAUCAUAGCUUCUCGCUCUUCCGUUGUACCAGCACCUAAUUAUGACGAAAGGAACUCUCAAAAUAAAACAGGACUGUGUCAUA